CCCGCUUUGGAACUGGGAUGGCCUGAGGUCAUGCAUGAAAAUCGGCAGACCAAUAUAGAUCUCCUCUAUCAUCCCCCAAGACAAAACAGCCCCACCAUUAAAGAAGUGAUUUUAAAACACAUCCGGGAUGCAAGACAGGUAAAACCAGAUGCACUGUUGGACUAAUUGAUAUGAUAAGCGCAUUCAGAUUAAGUGUGUUGCGCUCGUCCAGAGGCUCUGAGGGCAGCGCUGCACUCACACCUCCAGCAUGCAGUGACAGGGAGUGUCUGCUGAUAUUUUCAUGGCCUCAAUCCCGUUUGACAACUUCUCUCGUCAAGAGCGUGUGGGAACAUGCUGCUACUACUACCACAUUAAUUCUUUUAAAUAAUGAGAAUAACUCACAAAUGGUCACCAGUUUGUAUUAUGUUGCAUUGUUCUUGCUACACCCCUUUUUGAAGAAGAAAUUAGUCCUUCUGUCUCCUCUUCAUUACAGUUAGUUAUAUUAGAGGGGCAACAAUUGUCACAUGGGAUACAUGAUUCCUGUCUAAAGUUAAAAUAUUUGGUUUACAAGGGGAGUAAAAUAAGUGACACCCUGUCCAAGCACACUCCCUUCUCAGUCACAAAAGAGCUAAAUAAAUGAGGUACAGUUAUACAGCUAUGUAGGCUAAAAUGACUUAUUUUAAUUACUUAAUUUAAAUGUGUGAUUUGUGUUUCGAUGACACAUUGUUCAUUGACACAUUUUACAUGAAAGAUGUGCAUAAUGUGUGACUGUUAAAUAAACAAAUACAUAAUGAUGUGGAAAGUAGGGGGUAGUGGUUAGAAUGUCUGCCUCGUGGUCUAUUCUAUUGUCCUGAGUUCAAAUCUUGGCUCUGGCCUGACGGUGUGGUGUUUCUCCAAACACUCCGAUUCAUGGAAAAAUAAAUCUUCACUCAAUUGAAGACUCAAAAUUGCCUAUAGGUGUGAUUAUGAGUCUGUAUGCUGUGAAAAUAAAUGUCAAGUCAGAUUCCCCCGUCACCCUCGCUCUUCCAUCUUUCUCUGCAUGUUGUGCGUACACUCACCCACAACAACGAGGUACUGUAAAGCAGCCACACCUACAGCCUAUCCAAAGGGAAGAUGUAUUACUAGCUAACUGCACUUUGCAGUUUUUCUGGAUAAUUGCUGAUGCAAAUGUAAGAUAUAAAGUUCUUAUACAGUGUGGGAGGGGCAGACUAAAAAAUGUGUCGUGCGGCGCUGUUUUCGCCACACCCAAAACAAAUAUAAAUCAGUAAAAAUGAAAAAUCGGGCGGCACGGUGACCAACUGCUUAGAGCGUAUGCCUCACAGUUCUGAGGACCGGGCUUCAAUUCCCGGCCCUGCCUGUGUGGAGUUGGCAUGUUCUCCCUGUGCCUGCGUGGGUUUUCUCUGGGCACUCCGGUUUCCUCCCACUUCCACAAAAUCAUGUGUGGUAGGUUGAUUGAAGACUCUAAAUUGCCCGUAGGUGUGAAUGUGAGUGCAACUGGUUGUUUGUUUAUAUGUGCCCUGCGAUUGCCUGGCGACCAGUUCAGGCUGUACCCCGCCUCCUGCCCGAAGAUAGCUGGGAUAGGCUCCAGCACUCCCGUGACCCUUGUGAGGAUAAGCGGCUCAGAAAAUGGAUGGAUGGAUGGAUGAAAAAUGGUCAUCGCCAUUGUGAUGGAUAUGUUCACUGAUGUCGAUAUACUGAAAGAAACUGUCGACGCCUCCAUUCGGGGAGUUCCUGUCUACGUGCUUUUGGAUGAUUUCCACUUGAAACAUUUCUUCACAGCGGCUGAGAAUCAAGAUGUAAAACUUAAACAACUGCGGAACAUGAGGGUACGCACUGUGAAAGGUGAAGAUUAUCUGUGUCGGUCAGGGACUAAAUUUCAUGGAGCAAUGGAGCAGAAAUUUAUCUUGUUCGACUGUCAUACAGUGAUUUAUGGCUCCUACAGAUUCACUUGGUCAUGUGCGAAGAUCAGUUUGAGCAUGGUGCAGGUUAUCACAGGCCAUCUGGUGAGGACUUACGAUGAGGAGUUUAGAACACUGUACGCGAGGUCGACUGUGCCAGCCGAGCUGUGCCAACCAGAUCAUUCUCUCCUCUCUAGUGGACACAACACAACACUGCUUGGUUGGCCAAAAUAUUCUCCUCAUUCCACACAAAUGAUUGAUCGACGUGACCAGUUAAGGCACACGUUGGACUCUGUCUAUCGGAAGACCUGUGAGAGGAAUCAGUACGCGAGAGACUGCAACGAUAAUCACUUUUUUCCUUUGAUUGAACAUGACAUUGGUUUGCAGAACCACAUGUCCAAAUUUCAGUCUUCAGAGUCAAUUAACUACUUAAAAAGGCACAGCUACGCUGGGGAAACACAUGAUGGACAUCUACCACAGAAUGUCAGAGCCGGAGCAAGCAACUGGAAUAUUUGCCGGGAAACAGGAGUCAGGAAAAACAAUUACCUAAUGGAUAAUAAUUAUUUAGUGCCACAGAUGUACAGAAGUCAAAAGCUUCGCCAAUCAUACAAUGGCAAUGACAAACAAAUUCUUUCCAUGCAGCAAAACAUGCCAACACUGGAAAAAACAUCCAAGUCAUUCAUGCGUACAUUGAGGAUCGAGUCAUACCUCCAAAACCCUGACAUGCCAUCUGGCGAGCCGUCUGACUACUUGGACCAGUUUGAGCCACCUAACAGCUUCAUGCAGGGAAGAAUGAGAUCUUCUCUUGCUUUUAGGUCCGCCAUAACGGAGCAAAUCGAGGCAAACUCACACAUAAACAACACGCCCUCUGUUGGUAGCCGCUCAGCACUUCACAACCCUUUGCGCUAUUCCUCAAUGCAGUGGAAACCAACAGUACCACCAGAGAGCAACAGACUAAACAAUGAAGAAUUCAUGUUAAAGAGGAAAAGCCUGCAGCUUUUGGAUGAUUACAGCAGUGGGAAAAACUCAUACCCAUCUCCAUAUGCCAGCUUAGGUAGAGUCACACGAGGGCAUAUCAUUUCAAACCCUGACAUGCUUAAUGACAGUUGGUACAAAAGGCACAGUGUGGCAGAUCCAAGAUCCAACACUGCAUACACACAGGACUCCUCAGGUGCUACUUACGGAGCUUUUGCUAGGAUGCAAUUAGAAAGAGGCUCUGCAGCAAUCAACAUGAAGCAUAGUGGAUAUGGGUCAAAUCUCAAUGAGGAUCAGCGAUCUGUCUCUCAUUAUGAUGUCAAGAGAAUGACAGACACAAAUAGCCCCUGCACUUCCAUUUGGCAGGAGACUCCUUCUAGAACUUUGUCUGCUGCAAGCCUGGGUGUAGACAGCAUGGAUUUGACGACUAAAUCGAACAGAAUGGACUCUCAUAAUUUUUUGAAGAAGAGUACCAAGAAGAUAAAGUCAUUCUUGAACAUACCAGACAAGAAGGAAGAUCGAGUCAGUGGUGUCGAAACGCCAAGUGUGACGUCAGAUGACAGCACAGACACUAUUAAAGCUGAGGAUGAGAGUGGGGUAAAACAUCACCAUAGCAACUCAUCCCAAGGGCAUGAUCAGAACCUCAUGGCCGAUGUAAAGUAUUCCAAACCAAGAUUCAGACCUGAGGACCACCGAUACACAUCUCAGAUUUCUUCUUCUGAAACAACAUCACAAAGUAAGCUUGACAUUGGCGACAAAAAGGCAAGCCCCGACGUUGACAUACCGGGCUGGAGUAAAGACCGAAAAGCUGACAAUCGCCUUUACAGCAGAUUUGAGCCUUUUUGUUCAAUUCAAAAGAAACAAUCUUCAUACUCUCCACACAACUCUAUGGAGAAACCCAAAAACCCACCUACCGACUACAACCUUGCCCGACUAGGGAGAGGCCACCAUGAAAAUAAGCUUGAGAAAUUCUUUCAUAGAGUGGGCAACCUCAUUCACAAGACUAAGUAGUAUUACACAUUCAUGUAGUUAGCUGGUCACCUUCCCUCAACAUGCUAAAUCUAGACUCUUGAUUCCUUUGCCUGAGUAGGGUGCCAUCUGACAUUUGACAAUACCGAGACUAUUUUCAUAAGUGUGAAAGUAAACAAUGGAAUUUUAUAUUCUUUGUUGUCAAGGUUGUUGUUGUUUUAUUAUUAUUCUAUUUAUUUCUUUUUCUUUUCACACAUUUUAGAUCAGUUUGCAUGGUGAAAAGACACAUGCAUGCUGUGGGGAUCUUCUCCUCUUGUCCCUGUGUUUGCUGUUCCGGAGUCUGCGGGGGCGGGACUAUUUUUUACUCCUUCCUGAUCUCGGGUGUGGGGGGAACCACUGGCGUGACCUCCUGGGGAGUAAGGUGGUGUGAUGGUGACACGCCCAUGUUCCGUGGGUGCUGGUGCGGUGCCGGAAGGCACCCGCCUGGGUCCACGGCUCUGAUUACUGGUGGGGGCGGUGAGGCCCCUUUGUCGCUCCUCGGGCCUGCUUCCUCCUCUUCUCUCCGUUCCUUGCGUCCCGCUGCGGUCGCCUCUUCAUCUUCCCGUGGGAGAGCCGGGCGGUCCCCUGCGGGCUGUGGGGCCUGCUAUGGGGUUCUUUUCCUUGCCUGGUUUGGUGGGGGGGGGGUCCAUCUCCCACGCUCAAGGGCGGGUAGUGGGUGCUGGCGGGUUGUGUGGGGGCUGGGGGGUGUGCCUGGGUUGGUGCUGCGGGUACUGGUUGGGAUGGCCCUCUUCGUCGGUGGUUGUCGGGCCUAAUGGGGGGGGGUUUGGCUGUUAGGCAGUAGUGCCUGGCAGCCCUGCCCCCACCCCCUCACUGACCUCUCCAGAUUUUAAUGCACCACACCACUCGGGGGAGGGGGGGGGGGCACUGAUACACGGGGUAGGCCCAAUGACUGCUAGUCGGGGACCUGGCAGUCAUAGUAACAGGGGGGGAAGAGGGUCUCACUUACAUGCACCCGAGGCCGGGCUGGAUGACUGCUUGGUGUUGGGUCUGACCUCUCAUGGCCUGGGGCUGCUCCCUGUAUUUCGGUAGAGAACGCCCUACUGCUUCUAGGAAAAGAAGUGUGUGACUUCAGUGUGGCGGCAUUAUUAUGAGUCCCAUUGACCAUAACCCACUCUAAACCUAACCCAUCUCACCUACCCUAAACUCAAAAAUAGCCCAAAACCUAACCAUAACCCACUUGAUUGUUUUUAUUUUCUACAAAUGUGGCACAUAUUUGGAAUGGUCAUCUCUUUACGUCUGCCUAGCCUGCUGUUCCACGAUGGAACCAAUCAUACUGUAGCAGGGUGUCUUCUGCCUAGAAUAGAAGGAGUCCUAAUAAUGCAGUUUGCAUGUUUUCCCAGUGGUUGUGUGGGUUUUCUCUGGGUAGUCCGGUUUCCUCCCGUAUUCCAAAACCAUGCAUGUUACGUUCAUUGAAGUCUCUAAAUUGUCUUGUAAAAAUCUUUAUUUUCAUUGCACUACUUUUCAACAAACAAUAUGUUAAAGUUUUCAGUGUAAAAUGAAUAUUUAAGUCAGAAUAAAUGGUAGAUAAUAAUACAAAAUAAAUGUACACAAAAAAAUUUAACUUUACCAAGGGCUAAGCGGAUAAAUAUGCUUUUACAAAGUGCAAUCACAAAUCAAAACUUCAUGGAAGCAAAUACAGUUAAUGCAUAAAAAGCAAAAACAUUAGGCUGCAACCAUAGACCGUUCAUUUGAAAAUCCCCGUCAAUAUAGUGAAUUGUCAAGGACAGUAUAUCUCAGUUGUUCUGCUUGACCGUUGGUCACUCGUGCACGUGCAAUUGCAAAGAAGUUGACAGUUGUGAUUUCCCUCUCUAUUUACUUGUAGUGUUCUUUUUACUGCGGUCAGGCCAGCCGAAAAGUGGAAGUCAAGGCAGCCUACGAUUGUUAAUAGUAUCUUACCUUAACACACCGCCUCUCCGCCAACGUGCUGAGAGGGCCAACUUCAAAGUAAAAGCUUCAUAUAUUACUGCAUUGGACAUUAAUGCCAUUUUAAGCUUUUAUUUUGUAUUUGGCCAUGGAGCGCAGUGCCUUAAUGAAGCAUUAAUCAUACGUUCGCCCCCUGGUGGCUAGCUGACUAGGUUGCUGGCACUGCUGCAAAUGAAGAAGCACUUUUCAUUUGCAACAGUGUAGUUAAAUUUAAUCGUGCCAGCCAAAAUGGCGAUCACGAUUAAAAUUCAAAUAAUUGUGCAGCCCUAAUGCAUACUAUAAAAUAAGAUACCCCCACAAAGAACUGUAAAAUACGAUCACAUGAUAACACAUUGAAUUUAUUUAUUUAGUAUUGUAUAGGGGCAGCACGGUAGACGACUGGUUAGCACAUCUGCCUCCCAGUUCAGAGGACUGGGGUUCAAAUCCCGGACACGCCUGUGUGAAGUUUACAUGUUCUCCCCGUCCGUGCCUGCGUGGGUUUCCUCCCACAUCCCCACAAUAUGCGUGGUAGGUUGAUUGAAGACUCUACAUUGCCCGUAGGUGUGAAUCCAUCCAUCCAUUUUCCAAGCCGCUUAUCCUCACAAGGGUCCCGGGCGUGCUGGAACCUAUCCCAGCUAUCUUCGGGCAGGAGGCAGGGUACACCCUGAACUGGUUGCCGGCCAAUCGCAGGGCACACAUAAACAAACAACCAUUCGCACUUACAUUCACACCUACGAGCAAUUUAGAGACUUCAAUUAACCUACCAUGGAUGUUUUUCGGAUGUGGGAGGAAACCGGAGUGCCCGGAGAAAACCCACACAGGCAUGCGGAGAACAUGCAAACGCCACACAGGCGGGGCCGGGAUUGAACCCCGGUCCUCAGAACUGUGAGGCAGAUGCGUUAACCUGUCGACACCGUGCCGCAUGAAUGUGAGAUAACUGAUAACUGGGAUAGGCUCCAGCACGCCCACGACCCGAGUGAGGAUAAACGGUACAGAAAAUGAAUGGCCGGAUAGUGUAUAGGUCAAAGUUCACCAGUACUAUAUCAAUGUCAACAUAAUGCCAAAGACUCCAUAUAAAAGUAAUUGUGGCACAGUGUGUACAUAUUAACACAGACACGGUACUGUAUAUCACAUGACAUGUUGGGUGUUUUGGCAAGAUAACCUUUAGUUUUUGUUUGUACAGUGGGUCCUUACUACUUUGUUUAUAUUGGAGAUGCUUCCAGCCAACUGUUUACAUUAGGACCAUUUUUAUUGUGUACUUUUGCACUGUACUGCACAUUUAUCUGCUCAAAUAUAUUUGAUAUGAAAAUAUAGCAGUUACCUGUCCACAAAACACGCAAACCUGAAUUACGACGUCCAAGCAACCUUAUGCAAGUAAGACAGAGGUCAAAUCAACCACUGCUGCACAGCCAUUAAGUGGGGGUUGUGUCAAGAUUUCUUGACUUUAUCGCAAUAAGUGCAGCUUUAUAAACAUACCAAAGGACUCAAGAUCAAGACCAAAUGCAAUAAUGAAAGGUCAGUCACCAUCCACAUUGCUCUUGUCUAGGUAUCAGGGUUGCAGUAUUUGAAAAAUAGGUUUUAUUAAUAUGUUUGUCUACUGUUUUGCAUUGAAUUGCAAGAGAAAUGUUUUAUACAAUGUAUGAUUGGAUACUAACAAAUUGCAUAUAUUAAAGACCAUGUCAGGUU